AUGAAAUUCAAGGAAAGCUUUACCAUCAAUCAGUCUGCAUCUGUUGAUGGCUCCGCUUAUUCGAAAGUUUCGUUGUGGAAGCCUGAAAGUGGCGAUUGCUGCAAGUGGUGCGGUGUUAAGUGCAAUAAGGACACGGGUCAUGUGAUCAGUCUCGACCUUAGCAGCUGCUUUCUUUAUGGCUCGAUCAACUCCAGUAGCAGUCUCUUCCAGCUUGCUCACCUCCAGAGCCUUAAUCUUGCUGACAAUGACUUUAAGUCUUCUCGAAUUCCAACUGGUUUUAGACAACUUUCGAGGCUAACAAACCUCAAUCUCUCUUAUUCUGUAUUUUCUGGCCAGAUCACUUCAGAAAUUUUAGAGCUCUCUAACUUAAUUUCCCUAGAUCUCUCAAGGAAUUCAUUGAAGCUCCAAAAGCCUGGGCUCACAAGUAUAGCUCGCAAGUUAACAAACUUGAAAGAACUACAUCUUAGUGAGGUUAACAUAUCAUCCACUGUACCCAAUAUCUUGGCAAACUUAUCUUCUUUAACAUCUCUUAUUCUAGCAGGUUGUGGCUUGCAUGGUGAGUUUCCCACAGGAAUUUUUCAUCUACCGAAUCUUCGGUCUCUUGAUGUGAGAGACAAUACAAAUCUCAACGGAAGAAUGCCAGAAUUUAACAGGAGCCGCCCCCUCGAAUCAUUGGCACUUUCUUCGACGAGUUUCUCCGGUGAGAUACGGCACUCAAUUGGUAAAUUGAAGUCCCUACAUUAUUUUGAUGUCGAAGGAUGCAAUUUCUUUGGACCAAUGCCAUCUUCACUUGGUAAUCUUACCCAACUAAUCUCGCUACAACUAGCAAGUAAUUGGUUGCAUGGCGAGUUUCCCAUAGGAAUUUUUCAUCUACCGAAUCUUCGGUCUCUUGAUGUGAGCGACAAUGCAAAUCUCACCGGAAGAAUGCCAGAAUUUAACAGGAGCAGCCCCCUCGAAUCAUUGGCACUUGCUGGGACGAGUUUCUCCGGUGAGAUACCGCACUCAAUUGGUAACCUAACCCAACUAAUCUCACUACAUCUAGAGGAUAAUUGGUUUCAUGGUCAGUUUCCCAUAGAAAUUUUCCAUUUGCCCAAUCUUCGGUCUCUUCUUGUGAGUUUUAAUCAAAAUCUCACCGGAAGCAUUCCGGAAUUUAACAGAAGCAGCCACCUUGAAAUAUUGAGACUUUCUGGGACGAAUUUCUCUGGUGAGUUACCAGAAUCAAUUGGUAAACUUAAUUCCUUGUAUUAUUUUGGGGCUAGAAAUUGCAAUUUGCUUGGACCAAUGCCGUCUUCACUUGGUAACCUUACCCAACUAACCUUCCUACAACUAGGGUAUAAUGGCUUGCAUGGUUCAAUUCCACAGUCAAUAUCUAGGCUUGUGAAUCUUGAAUAUCUCGAUAUAUCUUCUAAUCACUUGAGUGGCACCGUAAAAUUUGACUUGUUUCUGAAACUCGAAAACCUCACUCAUCUCAGUCUAUCUGGUAACAAUAUUUCAUUGCUUACAAAGCCAAGUAUCAACGCAACUCAUCCAAAAUUUGCAUCUUUAUUUCUAGCUUCUUGUGACUUAAGUGAAUUCCCAGAUUUUCUAAAGCACCAAGAUAACUUGUUGUCUUUGGAUCUUUCUCACAACAAGAUUCAUGGCCAAAUUCCAAAAUGGAUUUGGAAUUUAAAUAAAGAAACUCUUGCUGAGUUAUAUUUAAAUUCCAACUCUCUGACUGGUUUUGAUCAACUUCCACUUUUUCCCACCAGGACUAAUCUAAUGAUUUUGGAUCUUAGUUCUAACAAGCUUCGAGGUUCACUCCCAGUCCCACCACCUUCUAUCCGUUGGUAUUCUAUCUCAAACAACACACUGACCGGAGAAAUCCCACAAUCAAUUUGCAAUUUCAGUUCAAUUCUUAUUCUUGAUUUGUCAAGCAAUUACUUGAGUGGCUUGCUUCCACAAUGUUUAGGCAACUUGAGUGAUUCUCUCACUGUUCUAAAUCUACACGACAAUAACUUCCAUGGGACUAUUUCCGAAAUAUUUGCAAAAGGAAAUGAUUUGGAGAUGAUUGAUUUUAGCCAAAAUAAAUUACAGGGGCGCCUACCAAGAUCAUUGGCAAAUUGUACGAAUCUUGAAGUUCUUAAUCUGGGAAACAAUCAGAUGAAUGAUGCUUUCCCUUCUUGGCUAGGCAUUCUUCCAGAGUUGAGGGUUCUCAUUUUGCGAUCUAAUGGAAUCUAUGGCGAAAUGGAAAGUUCUAAUAGCAGUUUUGAUUUCCCAAACAUACGCGUCAUUGACCUCUCACAUAAUAAUAUUACUGGUGAGUUGCCCUCUCAAUACUUCCAGAAUUGGAAAUCCAUGCAGAGCAUUGGGGUACAUGGUUUAAUGUACAUGCAAUCAAAUUUCUAUUCGACCUACAUCUACUCGAUGACACUUAUCAACAAAGGCACGAAGAUAGUAUAUGAAAGGAUCUUAGUUUUCUUCAUGGCUAUUGAUCUCUCAAGCAACAAAUUCAAAGGAGAAAUUCCAGAAGUUGUGGGGCAUCUGAAAGAACUUAAAUUGCUCAACCUCUCUAACAACUUUCUUACAGGUCCUAUACCAUCAUGCUUGGGGAACUUAACGGAGCUAGAAUCAUUGGAUUUCUCUCAAAACAAGUUGGAUGGUGUGAUCCCUUUUCAACUCACGCAACUGACAUUCCUUGAAUCCUUUAAUGUCUCCCAUAAUCUUCUCACAGGACUUAUACCACAAGGGAAUCAAUUUGGCACAUUUCCUAACAGUUCGUUUGGUAAUAAUCCUAAAUUAUGUGGAAGCCCUUUGGCAAACAAAUGUGGAAAUUCUAAGGAUGCACCUCCUCCACCGUUAACCUUUGAAGGGAAUCACAGUUCAGAUUUUAUAUUUGAAUUCAGUUGGAAAGUAGUUGCGAUGGGAUAUGGAUGUGGAUUCAUGCUUGGACUUGUUCUUUGGCAAAUUAUGAUAAGGAAGAAGCAUGAUUGGGUUAUGAAGACUCUUGCAAUUGGGCAACCAAAACCAAGAAGGGUGAAUUGGAGGAUGGGACAGAGAAAUUAA